AUGCAAAAGUCCAUAACAUCCUUCUUCAAGAAGAAAUCCGAUGCCGCCGACAGUCCAUCGCCGCCCAAAAAAGUUCCCAAGAUCGAUGCGAAGACUGAACUCCCAGAUGAACCCAUCAUCAAGGCUGAGAGUGCCUCCCCGGAAAUUAAGGCAAAGGUUGAACCUAUGUCUGUGGACUCCGAGGAUAAGAAAAGCCCAUUGAAGGAAGUUAAGAAGGAGUCAAAGGAUGUCGAGGAGAAGUCAACCGAUAAGAAGGUCACCACCAUAGGUCUAAACUCCACUUCAGCCAGUAAGGAGGAUAUGGAAAACUACGAUCCCUCCGCCGAUUCCUACCAUCCACUCAAAAAUGCCUACUGGAAGGAGAAAAAAGUCACUCCCUACUUGGCCUUGGCUCGCACAUUUCAAGUAAUCGAGGAGACCAAAGGCCGUCUCAAAAUGAUCGACACGCUGAGCAAUUUCUUCAGCUCGGUGAUGCUGGUGAGUCCGGAGGAUCUGGUGCCCAGUGUCUACCUCAGCAUCAACCAACUGGCCCCCGCCUACGAGGGAUUGGAGCUGGGCGUGGCCGAGACCACCUUGAUGAAGGCCAUUUGCAAGGCCACUGGUCGGAAUUUGGCUCACAUCAAAUCGCAGACGCACCUGAUCGGAGAUCUGGGCAUUGUGGCCGAACAGUCGCGCGUCUCGCAGCGCAUGAUGUUCCAGCCUGCCCCUCUGAAUGUCCGGGAUGUGUUCAGGAAGCUGCGCGAAAUAGCCAAGAUAUCCGGCCAGUCCAAAAUGGAUCUGGUGUACAAUAUGUUUGUGGCCUGCCGAUCGUCGGAGGCUCGCUUCUUCAUCCGCUCCUUGAUUGGCAAGCUGCGCAUCGGCAUUGCCGAGCAGAGUCUGCUCACAGCUUUGGCCAUUGGCCUGGUCAAAAAGAAUCACAUUGACGACUGCAAGGCCAGCAAGGUGCCAGAGGUUUACAAGGAUGAAAUAGCAGAGACCACACUGCUGCUGAAAACGGCAUACAGCCAAUGUCCCAACUACGACAUCAUCAUUCCGGCCAUUCUAAAGUACGAUAUCAAGGAGCUGCAGGACCGCUGCCCCAUGCAUCCCGGCAUGCCGCUGAGGCCUAUGCUCGCCCAGCCCACCAAGGGCGUCCACGAGGUGUUCGAAAGAUUCGGCGGCAUGCAGAUCACCUGCGAGUGGAAGUACGAUGGAGAGCGUGCCCAAAUCCACCGCAACGAAAAGGGGGAGAUCAGCAUAUUUUCGCGCAACUCGGAGAACAACACGGCCAAGUAUCCGGAUCUGAUUGCCAGGAGCAGUGGCCUUCUCAAGGGCGAAGUGAAGUCCUAUAUCAUAGACAGCGAAAUUGUGGCCUGGGAUGUCGAACGCAAGCAGAUUCUGCCCUUCCAGGUGCUUAGCACGCGUAAGCGAAAGAACGUCGACAUCGAGGAAAUCAAGGUCCAAGUCUGCGUCUACAUUUUCGAUCUCCUCUACAUCAAUGGCACUGCAUUGGUGACCAAGAACUUGUCGGAGCGUCGCAAACUCCUGCUGGAGCAUUUCCAGGAAGUCGAGGGAGAGUGGAAGUUUGCCACGGCUCUGGACACCAACGACAUUGACGAAGUGCAGCAGUUCCUAGAGGAAUCCAUCAAAGGAAAUUGCGAGGGUCUUAUGGUCAAGACUCUGGACGAGGAGGCCACCUAUGAGAUAGCGAAGAGAUCCCGGAAUUGGCUAAAACUGAAGAAGGAUUACCUAUCCAAUGUGGGCGACUCACUGGAUCUGGUGGUGAUAGGCGGCUACAAAGGCAAGGGCCGGCGAACUGGAACGUAUGGAGGAUUUUUACUGGCCUGCUAUGAUACCGAAAACGAGGAGUACCAAAGCAUAUGCAAAAUUGGAACAGGCUUCACCGAUGAGGAUCUGCAGACGCACUCCGAGUUCCUGGGCAAGCACGUGACCAGCGCCGCCAAGUCCUACUACAGAUACGACGCCAGCCUGGAGCCGGAUCACUGGUUUGAGCCCGUCCAGGUGUGGGAAGUCAAGUGCGCCGAUCUGUCCCUCAGCCCGAUCCACCGCGCGGCCAUCGGCAUUGUGGACGGCGAGCGCGGCAUUUCCCUGAGAUUCCCCCGCUUCAUUCGAAUCCGCGAGGACAAGAACAGCGAGAAUGCAACGGACGCCAAUCAGGUGGCCCACAUGUACCAGUCGCAGGACCAGGUUAAGAAUAAUCAAAAAUCGAGUACACAGAUGGACUUGGAGGACGAGUUCUAUUGA